UGCGUGUUUCGUAACUCGAGUACUGUUGCAAGCAGAGAAGGGAACGGGUAUGUUUUGACGAGCAUAUAAAUCGUAUUUUAUAUGUGAAACUUAUAUGAUGAGUGAUUGACUGAACCGAAGAAUCACUCGGAGCACAUCAUUACGUAGACAAUGAGUACCGCAACGCCAAGACGGCCUCGACGGAUACGAGAUCCCACACAUACAAUGCAUGCGCGUCUACGCUUGACUGCGAUUCCCGCCGAUUUGUUACCAGGUGUGUCUCGCACCAUGGAUAUACCUUCAGUAGAGAACUUGUUAAACAGACGCCCCGACGGUUGGACUUCACCACAGAGUCCCGACGAACUUGUUAUACAGAAAAGAGGUCGACGUAGAAGCAUAGUAUGGUCUCCUGAUCUGGAUGCUAAUAAAAGAAAUAAUUUGCUUAGUCUGAGUUCCAGAGAACGUACGCCAGUUAAAAGCCCACAAGCUUCGAGGGAUAUCUUAAAGAGUACACCUAGAAAAAGGCUUUCUCUUAUUGAUAUUUGCCAGUCUGAAUUUACCACACCAGAGAAGAAAAGAAAGACCUAUUCUCUAAUGGCUGAAGUAAACACAUCGCAAACACAACCUAUUGAUGAUUUAAUGAAUGGUUUACAAGGCCUCAGUCAUGAACAAUUGGUACAAAUGAUUAUGGAUAUGGUACACAUGCAAGAGAGUGGUUUACUAUGUAAAAGCACAACACUUCGUAAUAUUCUUUUGAAGAAGAUGCCAGUCGCAGAUAUUCAGCAGUUGAUACAGAAACUACGUGUCCUUAGACAGAAUAUUUAUGCCAGUCUUAUAUGUUCAAAUGAGGAUAACUCUGCAUAUAAUCGUGCAUAUAUACAUUUAAACACAUUCGAGAAAACUCUGAUCGACCAAGGGAGAACACUGCAAGAUUCUCAACAUUGGAUAUCUUUAGUGCAUUAUGCACUGGCAGCGUGGGAAAUUACCAAAGAAUUGCCAGAAUGGGAAAAUCAAGGUCAUCAUAAUACUACACGUAAAUGCUUUAAGAGUUUAUCGCAAUUUUGUGCUGAAGCUAUAAGAAGAGGUAAUUUCGAAAUAUCGGAUUUAGAAACAUAUAUUGCAAGAUUCAAGACCAUCAGUGAAGAGUGCGAAGAGUUCAAAAUUUGUCUUCAGAUAGCAAAAGAAGCAAAGCAAGAGAGUUAAAUUCUUUUUCUGUUUUACAUGUAUUUUUUUUGUGUGAACACUAGCUUCAUUUAGGUAUUUAUUUUGGUAUAUUUAUGUGACAGUCGAGACUGACACACGUAUUUAUGUGGAACAUGAUUUAUAAGAUAAGAUAAAAUUAACCAGUGAAAAAUAUCUUAUUGGUACCCUGAAAAAAAAAAUACAGGGUAGUUUUCUUUGGCUUACGUAAGAUGUAUACCCGUAUUCAUAGUCAGGCCUUGUAUUUGAGGCCUCCUUAUAUCCAUCUUUAGAUGCUGCACGGAUUAUUUUAUUGGCUA